AUGUCUUUAUGGUGGGAGGAAAACGGAGCCACUGGAGGAAACCCACGCAAACACGGGGAGAACAUGCACUCUGAGUUCCUGUGCACGCUGGAGUCCCUCCAUGUGGACAGUCCUCCUCGCAAACCCUCACUGACCAGCAGCUAUGUCCAUGGCACCUCCUCCAUGUCUCUGCUCCCCCUGACUGUAGGACAGAGUCUGGACUCCAUAGUCCAGCGCUGGCCUGACCGUGAAGCUGUGGUCUUUCUGCAGGAUGGCAUCCGGAAGACUUUUGUGCAGUUUCAGCAAGAUGUUGACAAGGCGGCUGCAGGUCUGCUUGCUUUGGGCCUGAAGCGAGGUGACAGGCUGGGAGUUUGGGGACCCAACACAUAUGAAUGGAUCCUUUUCCAGUUUGCUUCAGCCAAAGCUGGAAUUAUACUGGUGUCAUUGAACACGGCCUAUCAGGUGAAGGAAGUGGAGUUUACUCUAAAAAAGCACCGGAGCCGGCUUGGAUCCGCGGUGCCCCAUCAAACUUUACUGGUCCAGUGUAAAGCUGUGGUCUGCCCUACACGCUUUAAAACCCAAAACUUCUGUGAGAUGCUGAGGGAGCUCUGCCCAGAGCUCGACAGGACCCCAGUAGGCAUGAUCAAAAGCUCCAGGUCUGCCAGGUUGCCAGACUUGCGAAUGGUGAUAGUGACAGAUAGCAGACAGCCAGGGAUGCUCCACGUAGAGGAUGUGAUGCAAGCAGGGGAGAGUCAGCACCACAAAGAGCUGAUGAUGGAUCUGCAGAGCAAACUGUCCUUCGAUGAGCCCAUCAACAUUCAGUUCACAUCAGGGACGACAGGGAGUCCGAAGGGAGCCAGUCUUUCCCACCACAAUAUUGUAAACAAUGCUUACUUUAUUGGUCUCCGAAUGGGUUUUGGACAGAGACCUCAGGUGCGAGUGUGUGUGCCCGUUCCCAUGUACCACUGCUUUGGCUCUGUGUUGGGAGGGAUGUGUAUGGCAUUGCAUGGUAUCACACUGGUCUUCCCUUCCUCUGGCUACAACAGCCGAGCCAACCUGGAGGCCAUUCAGAGUGAAAAGUGCAAUUUCAUCUAUGGCACUCCCACAAUGUUCACCGACAUGCUUAGCCAACAGGAUUUACACAAGUAUGAUUUAUCAUCAAUUGAAGCUGGCAUCAUGGCAGGUUCUCCGUGCCCUCCUGAGAUUGUGAGAAAAAUGAUAACAGACAUGAACAUGAAAGAGCUAAUGAUCGCUUAUGGAUCUACUGAGAACAGCCCCAUCACAUUUCUGGGAUUCCCACAAGACAAUGAAGAGCUGAAGAUAAAUACUGUUGGAUGUAUCAUGAGCCACACUGAGGCUAAAGUGGUGGACCCUACUACUGGGGAGAUUGUCCCUCUGGGGGCCUCAGGAGAGCUGAUGAUCAGAGGCAGCUGUGUGAUGCAUGGAUACUGGGACGAUCCUGAGAAAACCAGAGAGGUUAUCUCCCAAGACCGCUGGUACAGGACUGGUGACACAGCCAGUCUGAACAGUUUGGGAUAUUGCAGCAUUGAAGGACGCAUAAAGGACAUGAUCAUCCGAGGAGGGGAGAACAUUUACCCUGCUGAGAUAGAGCAAUUUCUCUAUACACAUCCUAAAGUACAGGAGGUGCAGGUGGUUGGAGUGAAGGAUGAGAGGCUGGGCGAGCAGGUGUGUGCCUGCAUCAGGCUGAGGGAGGGCCAGACCUCCACUGCAGAGGAGAUAAGAGCAUUCUGCAAAGGCCAGAUUUCUCACUUCAAGAUCCCACACUAUGUGAUCUUUGUCGACAGCUACCCUCUGACAGCCUCUGGAAAGAUCAAGAAGAACAUAUUAAAGGAGGAAAUGGAGACAAAAUUAGGCCUUUAAUUUUGUGAACCCUGACGGACUGUGUUUGAGUGCAUCAGCUGGGAAAGUCAGAAACUGAGCGGUGUAGAAUUAAUGCUUUUACCGAGAGCUGAAAACGUGAAUACAACUGCUGCUGGAUUGUCAAUACUUAAAAUUGUUCUACUUUUACUUCCCUCCUCAUUACUUUGUUUUAAUGUUAAUAUAAAAGUACAGUGCGCUUAGAUCAUCUUUGAGCUUGAAGUUUCAUUAUAGACGUUGGGAAAUUGUUUAACAAAAAAAAAAAUCUUAGCUCAAGGUCCAUUUACAGGAAAUGUCAGUUUAAACAUUGUACAACAGUAAUGACAUGGAAUGACCACUGAGCAAAUUGAAUCCACUGAUGAAGGCCACAAGAUGUACCUGAAAGCUUUGGAAAAACAAGUUUGAAGUUUGAACCUUCACAGUUGAAAGCACUUAAUUGUAAGUCGCUUUGGAUAAAAGCAUCUGCUAAAUGACAUGUAAUGUAAUGUAAAAAAGUCCAUUAAGUGGACUGUGUGUGGUAUCAUCUUUAAUUACAGUAUAGGCUUCAUACUAC